UGUACAACACUUUGGACGCCGCGUACGAAGAACAGGGAAGUUGUCUUGUAGAGCGGCGGGGUGUCCACUGUGAUGUCCCUUCCACAUAGACCCUCCACCACACCCCGCCCACCACCCACACCCUGAAAUACUGACGAAGGGGAAGAAGGAGGAGAGAGUGAACGCACAGAGGCCGCCUAACACCUUCUACACCGCUCGAGGUUCCAGACCAACACAAGAAAACCUACUGGGCAGUGACGCCUUCAGCACUGCCAAUGACUUCUGAAUCCUCAAGUACAGAACAACCUUCUUGAAGCAACUCUGGCCGACUCAGCAGACAUAUCAUCAUACUACUAACAGCCUCUAGCACGCUGCAUCUUUGACACUCUAAGAGGCUGUGAUUCCAUGGCCAACCCAACCCUGUAAAACUUUCUGGACACAUACCUACUGUUACAGUAAAGAUUGACCAUGGACUCUCAAGAGCCAUUCAGGGUGACACACCUUCUUGGGCCACUGGUGGGUGUGGCACACUAUGGUACAGUGCAUCACCCUCUGCAGGAGUACUGUGGCUCCUUCACAGCCGUGAGCAGCUCUCAGGAAGCUGGCUCAGUUGCCCUGGCAGCCACCACCACCACCACCCUAGCCCGUUGCCUCCCACAAACUCCACAGACUUCCGGAACCCUAACCUGUGGUGUGGCCCUUACCCCCCAGGCAGCUCACCCUCAGGUCCAGUACUACUGUGAGGCUACUGAGCCCAUGCUGCCCUGUCCCCAGAUCAGACACUCCACUAACACCAACACCCUGUUGCAACAACCAGCCAGUGCCACCUCACCUGAGCCCCAUCUUUCCCCAACACUGCUGCCAAGGACUAAGGAGGCCAGGCUUGGCCCUGGAGAACAACAGGGAAGAAGGGCACCUGGUGCCAUGGGAAGCAGUACCAGACUGAGCCGCAAGAGGUGCAGGAACAGUGGCAGAGCCUACAUUAGCACUGCAGGGAAAGCUGUGCCUGCUAAGAGGUACCUGGAGCAAGACUGUGAGUGCCGCCACAAGUGCUUGGCCAAACUGGGGACAACAGCCGACCGAGAGGCUGCCUACAGGCGGUUCUGGGACAUUGGUGAUUUUCAAAAACAGAAUGUUCACCUAGUCCAAAGUGUUGUGUUGGUGCCCAGCAGCAACAGCAGCAGGGUAAGGCAUCUAGACCCUCCACAGGGUGAAAGGCGCUUCAAGACAGUCAAAAGGAUAUAUUAUGUGAAGAUUAAGGAAGGCCAGGCACGUGUGAGGGUAUGCAAGAGUCAGUUUCUGAGGCUACAUGGUGUGUCCAAUGGCCGGCUAGACAGGGUGCUGCAAUCCCUCCAUUGUGCCCACCCACACGGCCUCCAGGACCGGAGGGGUCAGCACACGCCUGGCAACAAAACUGCUCCAGAGGAUGUGGAGCUGGCAGCACAGCAUAUACUCAAGGUGCAGCAGCAGGGAGUCGGGGCUUUUGAGGGGAUUGACACCCACAGCAGUAAAGGGGCGUCAGUGAAGAGGAUGCAUGAGCUGUACCAAAGGUGGUGUGAGGCCCAGAGCAGGACACCUGUCAGUCUGUGGGUGUACCGGCAGGUAGGGAAGGCAAGCCUUACCCCACAGGAGGCCAGGCAAGGUCAAGGUGGCACAGCAAGAGGGAGCACUCAGGUGGGUGAGGAGGAAAAGGAGUUGAAGGCUGCAGCAGUGGUGGUUGGUGGGCAUUCAAAUAUUCAGGAAGGUAUGCCAGGGCUACCUGUAAUCACCAAUAACACUACCACCAGUGCCACCACCACCAACACCACUACCACUACCACCAACACCACUGUUACUUCAAAUCUUGCAACCACCACUUCUAUAGAUUAUGAAUUUGCCAUCACCACAAGCACUGGGGCAAACACUACCAUGACUACUACCAGCAGUGAUAUCUCUCCUGCCAUCCCUUCUUCCACCACCUCUGCCAUGCUUCCUACUAUCACUACUGCCAUCUGUGCUUCUAUUUCUACUACCACUGCCACAGCCCUAGAGGCCUUGAAGCAGAAGGGUAGGAGGAAGAAGAGGAGGCUGAGGGAGGUAGACAGGGCUAGCACCUCCAUGAGCCGGGCAGAGAGGAAGGCACGGAGGAACAAGGGAGAGGCAUACGUCACAUCCUCGGGUGAGGUGCACAGCAGGAAGAUCUACCAGGACAAACCUUGUGGCUGCCGGCAUCGAUGCAUCCCAGCCCUAGGGACACCCCAGGCCCGCCGCCAGGUGUUUGACAACUUCUGGGGCUUGGCCAGCUUCACACGGCAGAAUGCUUACAUUGCACGCAUGGUGGCACUGGCACCCCUUGGCCGGCGCCGGACCAGUGCCCCCCCAGCCAGGACUUGCUCCAGGGUGUACAGUGUGCAGUUCAAGGCCGGGGGAGAGAUGCUGCGGGUGUGUAAGGUGGCCUUCCUCUGCUUGCAUGGCAUCUCCAAUGGCAGGUUGGACAGGGUGUUGCAGGCUGUGGCUGGCCAGUCCCCUUGUGCCCUCAAGGAUCGCCGGGGCUGCCACUCCCCAAAAAACAAAACUCAAGAGGAAGAUGCCAGGCAUGUACUCGGCCACAUUUGUACCUUCUCUCUUGAUGACAGUGGCCAGCCUAACAGACACGGCCACCUGCUGCAGAACCUCAGUGUAGAGAAGAUGUAUCACCUGUACCGUGAGCAGUGUGUGUCUGAGAACAGGAAGCCGGUGGGGAGCUUUGUCUACAGGAAGAUUCUCAAGGAGAGGUACCGACCAGGUGUGGAAGAAGCACAGUAGAUGAGGAUCAGACUGCCACAAGUGCUGCUCAUUCUUUCUUUCCUCUGUGACAAGAGUUCACUUGCCAGCAGCCCUCUCCUGGCACUCAGUCUCAUCCCCGCCUUCCUUUGCAAUAAUAGUCUCAAGGCUGCACAUGAGCUGUCACGUUACUCACGUUCCCGUUAACACCCUCUGCAUUGCUUGUCCAGGUGUCCAUUUCUGGUCAGCUCAGGUGUGCCAAGGUGUAGUUAUGGAAGGAAAUGUCAACCAAGGUUAGCAGGCCUGCUGGUUAUCAGGAAAAGCUGCUUCUCCCUGCCAAGUAGUGGUGCUGCUUUUGGGAGAAGAGGAGUGAAGAAGACAAGAGAUAUAGGAAAAGAGUGGGUGGGUGGGUGGGUGCAUUUGACUUUAGGAUAGUGCUUGCCAUAAAUGUAUAGAACACCUGAAUCGACAUGCAUUAAUGAUAAAAUACCCCAGUAGUUCUAUUUUCUUAACAAUUUUCGAUUCAGUUUGCACCAAUGCAUUAUGCCAGCCAUUGGGAUGACCUUCCAGACUUAGGCUUGUUGCUACCUCACAUCUUCAGUGCUCAUAACCUAUAGUCUUUUUACUUGAAGUUGGUUAUUUUGCAUUGAGAAGCCCCGUCCCUUUCACCUGAUUGGCUGAACUUGUGAUUGGGAAUAUAUGAGUUAUAUCAAAUACAGAAGCCCCCCGCCGUUCACGGGUAUUUGGUUCCACAAGAUUCCCGUGAUACGUGAAUCUGUGAUCAAUGGGACUAUAAUCAAAUAGGGAAAAUAGGGUUUCGUUCUACCAUCUUGAUCGAAUAAAGGAUUUCUAAGGCAUUUCCGAGCAUUGUUAUAUAGAUUUACAUACACAUAAAUCACAAAUUAAAUAUGGACUGUAAUAAUUUAACACGUGUCCAGGCAAGGGGUAAUGUAGGCUCUGUUUUUCCCCAUAUAUCUUGUGUUUAAGCUACUAUUGCCACUCUCCUGGUGAUCUUAAUUGUCUGAUGUGAUGGUUAGUUGUGUUAUUUAAUGCCCUGACCCGCCCAGUAAGCGAGAGUGAGUGUAAAGGUUCGUGGCCUCACCGUGGCCGCGAUCUUGUUUGUUUUGCUCCGGGUACACCAGUGUUGCCAGAUCAUCGCACUUAGCACAUAUAUUCCGUUUUCUGACCCAUAACUAUUGCAUAAAACAUCCCUAAUUAACGGUUUUAACAAUAGCAAAAAUAAGUAAGUUCCCUAAUUAACGGUUUUAACAAUAGCAAAAAUAAGUAAGUUUCCUUUAGAAAGAGACAGACUCGUACAUCCAGCCCCAGGGAUGGUUUCUUUGUUUACAUUGCACAACGUUUGAGCUGGACGCUACAGACCGCGUAUAUGUGAGUUUUCAUCUGCGUUUGGUGUGGGGUAUCGCAAAUACCCUACCCACGUAUAAGCGAAUCCAUGAACAGUGAGGCCGUGAAUGGCGGGGGGGCUUCUGUAUAAUAUUUUUAUGAUCAAGAUUAUUCAGUAAAGUAGUUACAAAAAUAAAAACUAAUUAUAAGCUCAAUCACUGACAGUAUUGCAUGUACCAUUAAUUAAGGGUAAAGUUGGGAGCAUAUGUUAUAGUUGCAUGUGGCGGCAGUGCUCAUCUUUGUCCCAUUGGUACUUAGAGCCUAUGGUGGGAAAGGGCCCAUUCAUAAUCUCUAUCCAUGUCAGGCUAUUAUAGGGGCACUGAUCAAUAAGAAAUAUCUGCUCACCACACAAGUUGCAUGAGCACCUGGGGGGGGUGUUGGUUAAGCUGGAGGAUGUGCUCACUCUAAUGGCUGUUAACCAUUAUAAUACAAUGAUGAAAACGGAAAGAGAGAACAGGUGGCAUAAAAUUUUCAUCAUAAAUGUAUGUCAAGUGGGCAUACAUUAAUGACAUGUCCUGUACUGUAGCAGUGACACUGAAUUAGUCCUGUGGGCUGUGGUGAGAGAUGGAGCAAGAACCAUUUUUCGGAAAAAUUAUGUACCACCACUACUACUACUGCUGCUGCUGUUACAAUAAAAUUUGUUUGAAGU